AUGCCAUCAUCAUCUCAAAAAAAUCCAUCAUUGGCAUUAGCUACAUAUAUACUAACAUAUUAUGGUUAUUCAUUUAUGUUAAUUCUUGGUAAUAUUGGUAAUGUUUGCAAUAUUGUACUUUUUCUUCAGAAAAAACUACGAACAACAUCUUGUAAUAAUUUUACAGCAUUUACUAAUUUAAUUGCACUCAAUGUCGGUAUAUCAACAUUGAUCAAUGCUGAAGCACGACCAUCAGAAAUAUCAGCAGCAUACUGUAAAAUUGAAGGCUAUAUCAUGAAUAUUUGCCUUCAAAUAUCUCGUUAUUUAAUUGUUUGUGCAUGUUUUGAUCGAUAUGCACUUUGCUCAACAGAUGCUCGUCUUCGAAAAUUUUCUCGUGUACAUAUUGCUCGUCGAUACGUAAUUCCAUCUGUUAUAUUUAUUUGGUUUAUUAUUCCUAUUCAUGUACCAAUUUUAAUAAAUGUUCAAAACAGUACUUGUUCAUUCGUUGAUAUAGGAGCUUUAUACAAUAGUAUAUAUGGUAUCCUUCUAAUUGGUAUAAUACCACCUGGUCUAAUGUUUAUCUUUUCUCUAUUAACAUUUCGUAAUCUUAAAUUACGACAACAACGUCGACAAAUUCAUCCAGUAGCUUCUAAUAAUGCAGUUUUAACAAUAAGAGAAACUCAACGUCUGAAAGUUAAAGAUCAACAAGUUUUUGCUAUGUUACUUAUACAAGUAUUUGCUUAUGUUGCUUCUAGUACUCCAUAUACAAUUAUUGUAUUGUAUGUUGUUUUAACUACGGUGAAAAACAUCGAUGUUCCAACAGCAGAUAAAUCAAGUCUGACAUUUAUUUUAUUCGUUACGGAUAUGUUUCGUUUUAUUUGUCCAUUUAUGUCAUUCUAUUUAUUUUUAUUAGUUUCACGUUUGUAUCGUUUUGAAAUGGUAUCAAUAAUACGAAAGAUUUAUAAUCGAUGUAAUAUACUACGUAAAAGAAAUAAUGAUAAUAAUAAUAAUCGGCAUAACACAACUUGCAUACAAAAUUCUAACUACGCUACACAAACUAUAUCUCGACGACAGCAAAAUCAAGUACCUGUAGCACUUAGUGUGAUAGCUACUUAA